AAAAUGGGAAAAUAAUUUGGCAACAGAGCACAGCAAGCAUAGCAGUUUACUUGUCUAGUUGAAAGUGAACAGAUCAAAUAAGAAAUAUAUUAAGACCCAAGAAAAUUCAUAUUUAUUUACUCCAGGCAUGAAUCACAUAAUGCAAAAAUGUAUACUGACUAUGGAGGAGGAAUCUCGGCAUAUAAAUCUGACAAAACGAUGUGGUGGCGUCAGUUGUAUUUCACGGAAGCGAUCGAUUCCUUGGGAGGAGAACACACCUGAGAAUUUUUCCGCAAAACGAGCACGAAAGCAGAUCCCAAACAGGAAGUUAAAAAUAAGUAGGGAUCCUGAGGUUCCAAAUAAUUUUUUGAUAGAUUUGCCAGUAUUAGGAAAAUUAUCAAGCCCAAUUGUUCCAGGCGUCAGUGGUAUUUCUCGGAAGCGAUCGAUUCCCUGGGAUGAGAACACACCUGAGAAUUUUUCAGCAAAACGAGCACGAAAGCAGAUCCCAAAAAGGAUGUUAAAAAUAAGUAGGGAGCCUGAGGUUCCAAAUGAUUUUUUGAUAGAUUUGCCAGUAUUGCUUGACACUGACCCCAGUGAUUGGGAGGAAGGUUCUCCAAAAUCAGAGCUUCAGGCGGCCAAAUCCAAAACUGAAGAUAGCAGAAAUCUGUUUACCUAUCAGCAAUUAAAACUUAUUUGCUGUGAAAUGAUGAAUCAAUGCGAGAAUCGAGUAGUGCAGGAAUAUGAAGUAGCAUUGACUCAAAAAAUGGCAGAGCAGUAUGAUACAUUCAUCAAGUUCAACCACGACCAAUUGCAGCGAGAAUGUGAACAUAAGGCCAGUUAUUUGUUGUAGUGAAGACUAUAUUUUUAUUUUUUUUUUCGAAAAUUGUUUAUAUUAGUUAUCAAAGAAUGAAGUAAUAUCUUUGCAGCAAUAAACUGGAUUUAUAUUGUA